AUGGCGGGUGAGGUCCUGGGCGACCGCUUCCGACGCUUCACCGGUCCCGGUGGUGAGCGUGCCUCUUCUGCCCCAGCCACCUGGACGCCGACGCCCUGCACCGCGUCUUCCUCCAGCACUUUCCCACAGACCUCUGGGAGCCCUAGGCAUUGCCUGUUGGCCUCCUUCGACCGCCUUGAGGUCUUCGGGCAGAUCGACUCCCUGGAGACCUGGGAGAUCGACACCCUGCGGCUCCGAGGCACCUUGGACCACGCGCUGCUCCGGGACCGGUACAAGAAGCUGGUGCCUUUUGCCGAUGCCAAACCCACCGAGUUCCUCUCACAUCAGUUUCCCGUGGAAAUCUGCCGCAAGGCAGAGCCUGGACACGCGGCCAGCGAGGAGCCAGGUGCUGAGGCGUCCUUCAAGACGGUGGUGCAGGAGCUGCCGGAAGAUGUGGUGCACGAGCUGCAUCGGCCGGAGACCUGUUGGGAAGAACUCCGAACCUUCCUUGAAGGCAAAGAGGAAAAGAACUUGGUCCUUCGUGACAGGCACGGUCAUCGGAUUCUCCUAGAUGAGUUGAAGCAUUCCUCCACCUCGAUCAGCCACGAGCGCUUUCCGCUCCAGCUGGCGAAAGAGAAGGCGCAGCGGCGUCAGCGUCUCCGGACUCCGCGGCGCCGUCAGCCUGCUCGCGCGCACCGGGGUUUCGGGAUGUCCUGUCGAUAG